AUGGCUACCGAGAUGAGUGCUGGCAAGCGCCCAGUCGUGAAGCGGAUACCCUUGUAUGCCCAGGCAACGUGGUGUCUUUUUGACAUGUUGUUGCCCACGACGUUUUUGGUGUUCGUGCUUUAUUUCUGUCUGGUGGUGAAUUGGGACUACCCACCUACACGCACACUAUCAUAUGUCACUCAUGGUGGUAAUUUCGCCUUGAUGAUGUUGGACGUUAUCUUCUCCAGGAAGCCAUAUUAUUUGCUGCAUGGGUUAUAUUUCGCCCUCGAGGCGUUCGUAUACAUCUUGUUCACGUACCUUUACUUUUUGGCAGGCGGCACCGAUUGCGACGGAAUGCCUUACAUCUAUGGUGUGUUGGACUGGGGGGGUAAAUUUCGCCUUGCUGGGACUGUUGGGGGGAUGGUAUUUUUCGUAGUUGCGCCCGUCGUGAAUAUCAUGUUCUGGUUGCUUGUAUCUUUCUGUUUCCCGGGCUUACGCCCCAGACCCGACAAGUCAGUUGCGUCUCUCGAGCUGGCUCGUCGGGGCCACCCUCCCCUGACGCCUCUUAGGUAG